CCCACACUCUCUCUUUCUGGGGUUCAAACUGAAACAACAAAAUCACACUAAGAAUUUGUUGUGUUGGAGCGAUGUUGAAGAUCAAGACCCCGAAAAGUGGCAGAAUCAAGAGAGACCUUGAAAAACGCGCCCCGAAGCUCGUGGAAACUCGGAAGAAGACGCUAAUACUUCACGGGACUAAAACGAGCAGUGUUUUGAAUUCAGUGUUAACAGAAAUUCAUCAUCUGAAGAAGGAUAAUUCUAUCAAGUACUCUAGAAGAAAUGAUAAAAUUAGGCCUUUUGAGAGCGGCGGCGAAACUUCUCUCGAGUUUUUCUCGCUCAAGACUGAUUGCAGUUUGUUUGUGUUUGCUUCACACACUAAGAAACGACCAAACAAUCUUGUAAUUGGACGCUUCUAUGACCACCACAUAUAUGAUCUUGUAGAGGUGGGAAUUGAGAAUUUCAGAAGCGUAGGAUCCUUUUCGUAUGAUAUGAAGUUGGCUCCACAAUUGGGGUCAAAGCCCUUCUUUGCUUUCAUUGGAGAAGCUUUUGAGAGUGUUGACGAGCUCAAACACCUUAAGGAAGUCUUGCUCGAUCUAUUCCGCGGAGAAGUGAUCACAAACUUGAACCUGGCUGGGCUGGAUCGUGUUUAUGUGUGCACAGCUUUGUCGCCAAACAGAGUAUUUUUCUCCCAUUUUGCGCUGCGUCUUAAAAAAUCUGGCACCAAGGUUCCGAGGAUGGAGCUUGUUGAGGUUGGGCCCUCCAUGGACAUGGUUGUGCGUAGGCACCAUCAGCCUGAUGACAGCCUCAGAAAAGAAGCAAUGAAAAUGGCGCCUGAUUCGACAAAGAAAAAGGAGAAGAAUGUUGUCAAGGAUGAUAUUCUAGGGAAACUCGGAAAGAUUUAUAUUCCGGACCAGAAGGUUGGGAGUGUGCCGCUUGCUAACAAAUCGAAGGGAGUGAAGAGGGAGCGACGGGAGGCUAAGGCGGCAAAGGGCGAAGGGGACAAUCCUACAACACCAAAGAAGCAGAAGCAGGAUUCUGAAUGAUUUUGUUAUAUCCUUUUAACCAUGAGGGAGAUGAGAUUCUGUUGACAUUCAUUAACCAAAUGGGUUGUAUGAUUUUGUGUUAAUGCCUUAGGAAUCAAUUUUGAGCCACAUGACAUGAUAAUCUAAAAUCAGGUUGUUAGUUGUUGGUGCUAAA